AUGCUUCCUCAGCGAAUGAAGAAAGCCGUUACUGAUAACCCUAAAAAGCUCGCAAACUUUAUCGAUCUCGUUAACCUUCCUCCCACUCUCAGAGACUUCGUCGGUCAAUCUCAGACUUCUCGAUUAACCUGUUUCAUGCGUGUUUGGUCCUACGUCAAAACCAACAAUCUUCAGGAAGAAGAUGAUGAACCUGUUUCUGAUUCCAGUUCCAAUGAUUUUUUCUCCAACGGUGGUGGUGCUGUUGUGAAAAAGGGAUCCGAUUCGAAUGGUUCCGUUGGAAUUAGUGAUUUGAUUUCCAAUUUGUAUCAUCAGCAAAACGGAUCAGCUUUGAAAUCCAAUGUCGGCUCUACCAGUCCGAAGAAAUCGAGUGUAAACGAUUUGAAUCAGGAUGAGGACGACGACGAGGACGAUGGAUGGGAAUUCAAGUCUGCGGAACGGGAAACGGUAAAUGAAAACUUCAAUGUUAAGGUUGAAACGCCCAAGCAUGGUAACAGUGCAGUUGGAGCUGGUGCUUUGUUAGACUCAUCUGACAAAGUUGGUGAACGGAACCUGGGGUUUGAGUUCAGUCCUAUUUCUGCAUCUCACAGCCUACAACUAAGUCCGAAAGGUGAAUCAAAUGAAAAUGGAGCUGGGUUUACCAUGUUCAAUCAAACUUUUGGGAAGUUGGCAAAUGCACAUUCAUGGCCAGGAUCAAAUCAAACUUUGUCGCUAUCUGGAUCUCCUUCCAAUUUCCAAGUUUACACUGCUUUAUUGAAACCUCAUGAGAGAAUUAUGGCACUCGAUCUUCCCCAUGGUGGGCAUCUUUCACAUGGAUAUCAGACUGACACCAAGAAUAUAUCAGCCGUAUCUAUAUUCUUUGAAACAAUGUCGUACAAAUUGGACGAGAGCACUGGUUAUAUUGAUUAUGACCAGAUGGAGAAAAGUGCUGCACUUUUUAGGCCAAAAUUAAUAGUUGCCGGUGCUAGUGCUUAUGCCCGCCUUUAUGAUUAUGCACGUAUUUGCAAGGUCUGUGAUAAACAGAAGGCAUUUAUAUUCUUAACGCAAAGGGACAAGGCGAGGACAAAGGAAAUUGAACUCUUAAUGCAAAUGCAGAAUUUUAGUGGAAGACAGGGAUUGGAAUCACCCGCUGAUGGUAGACGUUCAUCUGAGUCUAGCUACCGUAUUGGAGAUAAUGGAACUUCAGGGGGGACAAAUUAG